AACGUCCAGCGCGUGUCCAUGUGCGCAUUGAUCCGCGUGACAGAUCACCGCCUGUAAAGCAGCCCUCGGGUUCAGGGUUUGCCCCUCCUGGUCGGCACCAAUCUGAGAUGGGUAAGAGGUGGGGGCGGGAAGGUUAGUUUGAAGAGGGCAGAGCUGUGCGCGAGGACGCCGAUUAUUUCCCCCUAUUAUUUCACUGCUGGAGAGAAGAAGAAGAAAAAACCCAAACCCAGUGGACAGUAACAGCUGAGGGAGAAAGCACACGGACCAAACGUCAGAACCUCAUUAACUCCAAAGAAAGCCAGCCGGGAGACAGAAGAAAGAGCAGGAACACAGCCGUCACUACUGCUGCUGCUGCUUUGAACCAGUCAUCAACCUCAAGGCUGUAGCUGUGGAAUAUGGAGCUAUGGACCAAGAACCAGGGAGUCCUCUCUGCAAACUGAUAUGGCUGCUGCACUCUGGAAACCUAAAUCUGUGGACUCAGGCUUGUGGAUCGUCCUCCUGCUCCUCAACAUCCUUCCUGUAGCCAGGGCAGUAGUUGGACACAGAGAGCCGUUGCCAGAUGAUAGUAAAGACAAUAUCACCAUUUUCACUCGAAUCCUCGACAGGCUGUUGGAUGGAUACGACAACAGGCUACGUCCCGGGCUGGGAGAGAGCGUGACAGAAGUGAGGACAAACAUCUUUGUGACCAGUUUUGGGCCCGUGUCGGACACAGACAUGGAGUACACCAUCGAUGUCUUCUUCCGUCAGAGCUGGAGGGAUGAGAGGCUGAAGUUUGAUGGGCCCAUGCAGGUGUUACCCCUCAACAACCUCCUGGCUAGUAAAAUCUGGACUCCUGAUACGUUUUUCCACAACGGGAAGAAGUCAGUGGCCCACAACAUGACGACUCCAAACAAGCUGUUGCGACUAGUCGACAAUGGCACGCUGCUCUACACGAUGAGGUUGACCAUCCAUGCCGAGUGCCCCAUGCACCUGGAGGAUUUCCCGAUGGAUGCACAUGCCUGUCCUUUGAAAUUUGGAAGUUAUGCUUACACCAACAACGAACUGAUCUACCUGUGGACUGAGAAAUCUGUGUCUGUGGCAGAGGACGGCUCCAGGCUCAACCAGUACGACUUACUGGGACACGUAAUUGGCAAAGAAACCAUCAGCUCCAGCACAGGAGAAUAUGUAGUGAUGACAACAUAUUUCCAUUUGAAAAGGAAAAUUGGCUAUUUUGUGAUUCAAACCUACCUCCCGUGCAUCAUGACUGUCAUUCUGUCUCAAGUCUCCUUCUGGCUAAACAGAGAAUCGGUUCCUGCUCGCACUGUAUUUGGGGUCACCACUGUCCUAACCAUGACCACCCUGAGCAUCAGUGCUAGAAACUCCCUUCCUAAGGUGGCCUAUGCCACGGCCAUGGACUGGUUCAUGGCUGUGUGCUAUGCCUUUGUCUUCUCUGCCCUGAUUGAGUUUGCCACAGUCAACUACUUCACCAAGCGCAGCUGGGCAUGGGAUGGCAAAAAAGAGGGCAUGGAAAUAAGGGAACCGUUUCAGGCUAACAUGGCCAGGAUUAAAGAUAUGAGGAGAGAAUCGGCAACUUUGUCCAAAAAGGCAAACAACACCUUCAACAUUGUCGGAACCACGUACGCCAUCAACAUAGCUAAAGACCAGGGUUUAACCACCAUUUCCAAGAGUGCCGGCACGUCCAAAAUUGACGACCCGUACACGGAGGCCAAGAAGUCCUACAAUCGUGUCAGCAUAGUGGACAAGAUAUCACGCAUCAUUUUCCCCGUCCUGUUCUUCAUCUUCAACUUAGGCUACUGGGCCACCUAUGUCAACAGAAAGCCCGUGAUGAUGAAGGCAAACAACCUAGACUGAGCCCGACCAAUUUAGGCUACAUCUGUUUGUGGUGGAGGGUAGACAGGUUUGCAGGAGGCCAAGUCCAUCACAUCUUAUUGUGUGAGUGCGAGUGCGCGUGAGUUGUAUGUCUGUUUUUCUUGAGAGUUUGAUAUAUUUUGCACGUCUGUAUAGAUGGAAGGCAGAUUUUAACAUACAGUAGAUUCACAUUAAAUAGUAGGACCUUGGAGGGAGCACAUUGUCACAUCAGACUGUGUUUGUGUAGCGUUUCUUUUCUCCACUCUUAGCUCUGGCCCUGUCCCUCCUCCCUUGUUGUGAGUAACCAAGUGAUCCUUUGCUGUAUCUUGAUUGCUUGCUGUUUCCGUAGAGUAGUCAAAUUGUGUUCUCACUAUGUUUUGACAUGUUUGCGCUUUGCUUAUAAUAAGUUAGAGCGAGCAUGCCUUUGAAGUUUUCAUUGUAGCUCAUUACCGAUGAUAAGGUUCUGACACAUCCAUCGAGUUAACAUGCAUGCACGCACGCUCACGGGCACACAGUGAUGCAUCGGAAACGCCGUCGGUUGCUGUACUGCGCUCCGGGGCGGCCUGUAUACUUCUAUAGGAACAUCAUUAAUAAUCGUCAGUGUCUGGCCUUCUGCACACGCUGAAUCUCAACAAACCCGACGCAGCAUCACGGAGGAUUGCUCUGGCGUCCCGCGGGUGCUGCCUGUACAUUUUAUAGUCCAGUGGCUCUUAUUGUUUUAACUGGCUGAGUAUGUUCGAUGACAGAGAAGCUAUGUGCCUUGGUGAUUAAACACACAUGAUAAAAGAGAAGGCUCUGACGUGCUCACACAUACACGUUUCUGUGUCUGUAUGCAUGCCAACGGGUGUCCACAGGCUGCGCACCGCAGUAUGUGGCUCUGCUCCGCGCACCCAUCCACAGGCCCCUGGGCAUGGGCACCCGGUGUAAAAUUGCCCAUUAGUGUGGAAGGUUAACAGACCACUGCCUGUGAAAAGAUGAAGCAAAGAGAUUAAAGGCUCCAGUGUAGUCGAGAACAGUGAUCAUGUUUCUUUAUGUUUUGGCUCCUGGUGCGACGCUUCUGUGAGCAGAGCGGUCCAAACAAACUGCCACCAUUACCUCAGACUGGAGCCCGAUCCUAAACAGCAGUUUAUUGUUGAGGAAAUGCAAAUAACACUACAUGUUUUAUACAUUAAAUCAUACACCCCUUUUCUUUACAUUUGCUGUCUGUCUUUGUUUUCUCUGCAUCUGUCAGUGGAGCUAUUUUUAACUCUGUUUUGAUUUUUCUGCCUUCACAAGUAAGAAUUUGUUCCAUGGUGUACUUUUGCCCUUUUCUACUUGUUUGUGUGAAGUAAAUUGGUGUUGAUUUGAUUGUCUACAUAUGCUGUACUGUUCUUGUGUUUUGAAGUAGACAACAAAGGCCAAGACAGUCUGUCUGAACAAAGUUUGGCGAUACUGUCAUCACUGGAGAUCAUUAUUAUACCCUGAAAAUGCUGAAAGAAGUUUCCACAAUACUUCGAUAAAUGAACUGAUAGUAACCCAGUGAAAUUUUCUUGAAAUCAGAUUUGUCUCCAGCUGUGGUGACUAUCUUCAACUUUUGUUUUCUGUUUGUUCAGUGUCACUUGUGUUUCUGUUCUGUGUUGAAUUUGAGUUUUUAUGACUUCCUGGAUGCACUCUGGAUCUUUUGCAUUGUUUUCAGCAUAGAGACUUUUUCAUGAACACUGUACUUUAGGCGCCAGCCUGCAGUGGAUCUCCUCAGUGGUAAGCAUAGAAGACUGCGUGGACUGUGUUGUUGCUUCUUUUAAAAGUUGUUAAUAACACAAAACAUGUACAAUGUAUCAGUCAUAGGUUAAUGCAUGACAAUCUGUACACGUGUAUGUCUGCAACAAAUCCAAUAAUAGUGUUUGUCACACUGAAAUAGGGCUUAGUAUCAAUGUUUCUCUAAUCAUUAAUACUAACAUCACUUCAGCAUCAUCUGCAUAACAUAUGUUGAUUGUGCUAACGGUUUACAGCUAGCACAGCGCUCUGAAAGUGUUUUCCCUUCUUUAGAAGCUCAAAUGACUCAAAUCCUGGCUGUGCAUUCAUCAUAGCUCUGAUUUAAAGCUAAAGUCAGUAUAAAAGUGUUGUACUUCCCCUCUUGAAACACAUUAAGCUCACCUUUGGACAUAGAAAUUGCAAGCUAAGCAAAGACAAAUCAGCACUGAAUAUAAUACUUUUUUAUGUUUCAUGAUUCAUCAAAACAAGGGAUGGAUAUUUUUAAGGCUUUUAUGCCUUUAUUAGAGGUACAGGGGAGUAGAAAAUGUUGGAAGGUGGAGGAAGAGAGUGAGAAGCAACAUGCAGGACAAUUAGGACAACAGCCUCUGUACGCGGGCUGCACAUGCAUGACUACUAGGCUAUCGCUACUCUGGCAGAUGUGCUUUUCAAGUAACAUUGCUUUCAAUAGUCACAGAUAAUGAUUCAAACAAAAUAAGAAUUAUUACCAGUGAAUCCUUUUUCUAACAGAUGGACUGGGACGUAGCUUAGCUUAAUGCUAAUGAUGGAAACUGUCAUGAACAAGCUAACAUAUUUAGCAUCACGAUCGCUGUGAUUUCAAUUUAAGAACUAUUUAUUUCACCGAACAAUCAAGACUUGAAAAGAUUGACCCUUAGGGAUGAUUUCAGAUUCAGAUUCAGAUUGAAACAAUUUUAUUGAUUCCAAAAGGACAAUUCCUUUGAAGCUCAGUCCACAGUUAACCAACAUUUGGCUAACACAUGUCAACACUGACAGAUGAGCAGGCAGAGGUCAAUGAAGGACCAAAAGAAAAGGCCGUGACUGUGACUGCAGCACAUGCUCAUCUAUUCUCUCUCCUGUUAAAGACAUUUAUGACACAAUGUGGGAUAAUAUCACGGGUAAAAUGAAUGUCUGACAGCCCACUGCUAUCGUUUACUUUUAUCCGUCUCAUCUCGUAAUAGAAAUGAAACUAUGAUUCCACUGGAGUUUUUAUGACAAGCUCAUUUCAGACCGCCAUCAUCUCCUCUCCGUCAUGAACAUUUCUCCUAAUUAUUUCAGGUAAUCAUCAAAUUAUUAUCAGAGAAGAACUGAACUAAGUGAAAGAAAAGCAACUACCACAAUCGCACAACACAAGGAACUGAUGAAAAAAUUCUCUGCCAACACUUUUAAUUGCUCUAGCCCUAUUCAUAUGCAUUUGGUAAGACAAACUAAAUGUUUUUGUUGUGGCAAAAGUAGAAAUGCACGCUAAAGAUUUAAGGAAAAUAAACACUUUAGUGCCAGCUUUGUCAGCAUGAAAAACAGCACAGAGCAACACAAUAGCAGCAGGAAACAGGAAGUGAUGCUGUAUACUGCCUGUGUCAGUGCCACCCAGGCCUCAAUGCUGAUUGGCUGGUAGUUGUGUGACAUCUAGCCAUUCAGAUAUCAUUACAGGCGGGACAAUAGGUGAGAUUGUAGAGAGUGAAAAUGAAACCAGAGGGACAUAUUCACCCUACAGUGGAGAUAAAGUAGCACACUUUGGAAUUAAUUGAUUUUUGCCAAGUAUCUGUAAAAUGAAAUGUCAAAUUGGCCAAAUGCCAAAUAUUAAUGUAAAUAACCCCUGGGGAAAAAAUGUUUGAAAAAGAGAUAAAAGUCACAAUCUUUACGUAGUAAUGACUAUUCAAAUAUAUAAAACUCGUGAUGCAUCCCUAAUUACUAGAAAAGCACUCAGAGAUUGCAGACCUCCGCCAUCAGCCCUAUCUGCCAAUAGUGAAGAAUCCUUUAAAAACAUUCCUGGAUCCAGACGGUGAUCCAGAUGACUCCCAAAAUUGAAGUCAACGAUUACUCCCUCCCCAGUGGGGUGGAGACGCAGUGAGGCAAAGCAUUGGCUUUGCUACAUGUGGACUGUCAUGGUGGAAGCACCUAUGGUCUCACCAGAUGACUGGAAGUCAUGGCAGAGGGUGAAUAUUCCUCUAUUCCUCCAAGCAUUGUGAGUAUUCUCACAACAAUUCGCUGUCUUUCUCUCUGUUAUGCUCCGACUUGUCUCCUUGACUGGGCGUGUGUCCUUCAAAGUCUAUAAAGUCCAAAACUUUGAAUAAGUCACUCAUGUCUGCCAUCUCCUGGUGUAAAGUGGUAACAGCGCAGUCCUCAUUCAGAGAGGAGGACAGUGGGUACAGUUGGAAACAGGGAUGAGAAAGAGGGCAGAAACAUGUGGGAAAGGAGCCACAGGCCAGGCCUUGAACCUUGAACCAAGGCCGUCUAACCACUUGACCAUCUGCGCCCUAAAGUGUUAAUUGUUAUUAGUUUCAUCAGGAUAAAAGUUUUAACUCCAGGGGGUGCAGAUGGCCUAGCGUUUUAAGGCACACCCCAUGUACACGGCUAGCCAAGGAUCAAGGAGGUUUGUGGCUCCUUUCCUGCAAAUCUCUCCUCAAUCUCUCAUUCCUGAUAACAGCUCCAUCCAUUCUCCUUCUCUAUGAAUAAAGACAUAAAAUGCCCAAAACUUCAAUUAAGAAUUAGUUUGAACUCUUCUUUUCUUUGUAUUCAAAAUACUUAGCACAUGAGAUAAUCAGACAUUGUAGACAGUCUUUAACCAUAAAAUGUAAUUAAAUUAAAUUAAAAUUAUUAAAUAAAAUCACUUUCCCACAUGUAUGGAGACAAUAACACCAAUCAGGGAGCUUAUUCUUGACUUCAGUUAACCACUGAUACUAAACCUUAAUAGAAAACUAUGAUUAUCUCCUGGUAUAUCAUUUUUAUAUUCAAAAAUUACAUUUAUUAAUACUCAAACAAUGACCAACCUAACGUAAUAAAUCAUGUCACCAUCAGCUCUGGAUGGGAUUUGUGAGAACCUCAUUGAGUUUUAAUAGUCCUGUCAGAUUUAUAAUUACUAAUCAGGUGAACAUGUGCCUGUUAAAUAGUGAUAUUAAAUACUUGUGCAUAAUUUAUCCAAUCAGGGGAAAUUAAUCAAAUGUCAACCUGCUGACAGAACGCCUUUUUCUAAUUCAGUAUUUCCAAAUGUGGUGUGCUAAUCUUCCACAAAGACCUACUGUGAGGUUUCUUUUUCACGCCUCAUUUUGAUCAUUUUGUGUCGAACAAACUGAGUCAUGAUAUACAUCAGCGGUGGAUGUUAAAAGCCUGCCGUCUGCUGCUAACUCAGGAUCUGAUGACACAAAGCGGAUAUGUUUAUGCAGGAUUCAUCUGAGUAAGUGAUCAAGGCUCUGUAGAUAAAAGGUUAUGAGAAGCAAGAGGUAGAGAUACAACAGUGUAAUAACUUUGAGAAGGAAAGUCCCGGGUGUCACAGCAGUCUUAGUCAUUAAUGUCACUAAUUAACACGCGUACCUUCAGCAUGUUCACACAAGCAGUGAUGUUUUCAUGUCUGUUAGAUGGAACUGUUCUGAUACCAGUAACACAGAUGACUGCAAUAAUGCCUGAUCUGAUUCCACAGAAUAGUGUUGAAGUCACAACUCAUAUGAAAUGAAAUGAAUUUGCAUUUUAGCACUUCUGGUUAUCCAAAUCUUGGCCAAGAGGUUCCUGAAGAUGUUUCGCCUCUCCUCCAAAAGGCUUCCUCUAUUCUAAAGUUACUGGGGCCAGAAAAAUGUAGUCUCUGUUGAUCAUUUGUGUAACCCAGUUAAAUCUGAGGGUGUGUCCUCCAGGGUCUCUUUAGGUUUACCAGGACUACAUGAUGUUAGGUAAUGUGAGCGGGUGUUAAAACAUUGUUUGGGUUGCUAUUGAGAGGAAUCCAAGGCUGCAUUUUAUGUAGGGGAGAAGAAGAGUCCAAGAGACAACUUCAAGAACCUCAGUGAAGUCCAGUUCCCCCUUGACCAAGACUUGGAUAACCUGAAUGACUGAGAACCUGCACAGACAUUUAGCUCUUCUGGUGCCAUCGUCUCAUUGGUGAUAGGAUUUUUAAAUCAGUCAGAUGGCUGAAAGUGUCACCCCUACUCCUUGAUUUCCACUGCCCCCUUGCCCCUCAAAACAGUGGGUUAGCAGUCAAACCUUCAACAAUGGAAUGUGUUGGCCCUUUAAGUUCCCGAUAUGUUAUAUUAAGUUGUACUACUUAAGCACUACUUAAAAUGUUUGUUUAAAAUCAAAAGGACCAUAAUGCAUUAAGACAAUUUUGUUGAUAAUUUGCUAGGCAUUCUGGGAGAUUUCCAAUAGCACUUGGUUUGGAGUGUGCCUCCAGAAAAUGUGUUUGAAGAACCAUGUAGCUACAGCACUUCACCCUCCCACUCCAUUACAACAUGAAUCAGAACACCCUAUGCCUAGAAAUGGACAUGCAAAAUACAGAGGUAGGGUUAAAUGCUUAUUAAUACUCCCUUUAUGCACAAACAUAGAUUCAUGCAUCUGCAAUGUCUGCUACAUUGGGGUGAACAUUGAAAAAAAUUAACCACUUGAGGUCACUGUGUCACACGGACCCACAUGGUUGCCAGUCUGUCCAGCAUCUGCCCAGACUUUAAUUAGACAUUCAUCAAAGGCAGGGGUGCCAAACUCAAGGCCCAGGGGCCAAAUCCGGCCUAUGGAACAGUUAAAUCCGGCCUGCAAGAGUAUCUCAUAUUUUUGUUAUACCUGGCC